AUGAAUGAGAUUUUGUCUCUAUGCUUUGCCGAGGUGUUCGAAGAACUGCUCGAUCAGCCAGCGCCCGCUUGGUUGCCAUACUAUGCCCAUUGGCUUCCGUUUUACCCAACGCAUGAACCGUUUUUCAUCGAAAAACUCCCACGAAUGAUCCCGCACUUCAGAUACCAUUUGAUACACGCGGCGAUACAACGCUACCAAAACAUCCACUUUUCACUAGACAGCGCCUAUGGAUUUUUGCAAAUGAAAAUAGAUGAGGGCGAGGUUACCGGCCCGCAAGAAGAUGUCGCUGCCACGAAUAUUCUCCGAGAAGUGGAUGCCUAUCACUGUGAGCUCUCCAUCUUUGGACUACGACAGCACGCUGAUGAUUAUACAAUCCGGUUGGUCGGCGAGGAUUUGGAACAGUGUGACCUCUUGGAAACGGAGCUCCGGGCUUUAGCACCAUUGCCGAAAUCACUUUUCGAGAGGCAGGAAUACGAGUUGAUCGUAAACGCCACGCUACGAUUGUACGGCGCUGACAAUCUUCUCCUGGAAUGCCGUCGCUUGAUGACGCUGUAUCUGCUAGCUGCGAAAUUCUGCAAAGCCAAUGAGCACCGGAUUUAUGAGCGGAAACGGCUCGCGUUGCCCCUGAAAGAUGCGGGGAUCGAUAAACACAUCAUCCACAAGCAAAUCUCCUUCCAGUCGUUGAUGGUCGGCAAUAUGACGACUAGCGGCGUUUUCCUGGUUCGAGGGGACUAUUUUACUGGCGAAAACCAGAUCAGCAAUGAGCGGAUGAAGCCGUUGCUGAAUUCGCGACAAGCUUUUGUUGCAGAUCGCCAAAACGAGCUGUCCUUUGCCACCUUUGAGCACGACAUGAAGGUGAUGAAGUUCUACUUUGGUGUCCGAAUCCCCCCUCAAGAUGAUGGUCUCAUUUACGAUGGCUAUCAAAUGAAAAUCGACUAUGGUAGCAUCGUCUCGUUAACCCUGGAUUGCAGCGAGCCCGAACAAACUACACUGAUUUUUCAUAUGAAACACCCACCGCAGCUCUUCCGCGCCAUCCCCAAACGCCAGGCCCAGCGCACGAUGAACCUGCUGGAGACGCGCGAAUGGGAGCGUGAACUCGGGUGGCCGAGCUUUGACGAAUCGGUCGGAUGCUCGAAGGAGAGUCUUGGCAAUAACCUCUACAUCGCGCUGCGCAUCAACAACAACACCGACAAAAUUGGGGCCAACCAGGAGCGUUACGUCAUUGAUGAGAAUUACCCACAUAUCCCAGCCCAUUUCUUGACGAUCAUCGGCCGUAUCUCGGAGCGGGCCCAGAUUCGCGUUUUUACAACUCCAAUAGUGUUUCGAAGAUGUCCGGAAGCGCCGAAAGCGUACGUCCCGAAUAUCGGUUCCUUCCGCGCCAACUACACGAUACACGCUCUGAUCUCUCGUGGUGCCGUGGUGACGGAUCAGAUUUUCCACCGGAACGCGGUCACAUGCUCGCAAGUGGAUGAGCUUCCGUUUUUCCGCAGCGCUCGAUUGGCCUAUCAGGAAUGCCCACUGGCCUGUGAAACAGCGCUCGAGAACUUGCUGGUGGCGGUGGACGAACGGCGGGAUAUGAAUUUGACCAGCGCAUUCCAAGAGAUUUAUCGGCUCAACUUCUCCGACUGGAUGACUGCCUACAACGAAGCCAAAGAACGAGGCGUUCACAUGACGGAAGUCUGGAAGUCCGCCCAGGAAAUCCCCAAAAAUUGUGUGCUCGUCAGAAAGGUGAUGGUUUGCCCGCUACGAACACUCCUGAUGGCACCGGAAGUGAUGCUCGCCAACCGUGUUGUCAGGCAUUUUGGAGAAGAAAAGGCCUUGAGAUGCGUGUUCCGCGAUGACUCGGGUCAAACGCUCAGACCGUUUGAGUUCUUUAUCGGGAAUGCUGGUGGAGCCCAAACCUAUCCUCGAAAAAUCCUCGACAUUAUCAGCAAGGCGAUGAUGGAAGAAGUGAAGGUCGUCGAUCGAUGCUACAAAUUUUUGGCUUGGAGUAACUCGCAGAUGCGAGACUACGGUUGUUACCUCUACGCGGCAAAUACGCGAAAGGACAUCGAAAAGAUCCGGGACUGGAUGGGCGAUUUUUCGAUGUGCACGAGCGUGCCGAAGAUGAUGAGCCGAAUGGGGCAAUGCUUCACCCAGGCCCAGCCAACAGUUCGCCUCGGGCCCUGCGAUUGGAUUGUCGAGGACGACUACGUCGGCGGCUCCCAACUCUACACGCAAAAAGAAUUCUGUUUCUCUGAUGGGGUUGGCCGUAUCAGCUACAAACUGGCCGUCCAGAUACAAAUUAUGCUCGAGCUGACCUAUGUGCCGUCUUGUUUCCAAGUCCGUUUCAAGGGGUUCAAGGGUGUUUUGACGAUCGAUCCGCAACUUGACGGCUACACCGGUCCGAAAGUGGUUUUUAGAAAAAGCCAAGAGAAAUUCCAAGACACAACCGAGGGCGACAGCCUGCUGGAGAUUGUCAAAUACGCCAUGUUGUCGCCCGUCUGUCUCAACCGCCCAUUGAUCAACAUCAUUGACCAAGUGGCUCACAAACAGGGACCCGACGUACAUUUGCGUAUCUCGCGCACGAUCCAUCGAUAUCUUGAGCGGGAACUUUCCGUUUUGACGCGAAUGCUGCUGGACGAGAAUGAUGCCGCAACGGCUCUUUGUCAACGCCUUCCAAUCCCUGUCAACUAUCAGAGAAUUCUAGAGUGUGGAAUCACGAUGACCGACGAGCCCUUUUUCCGCCGACUCCUUCUAGCCGUUUAUAAGCACAACAUCACCCAACACCUCAGCAGGUCCAAAAUGAAGAUUUUCUUACCCCUCGAUUUGGGACGCACGAUGUAUGGAGUGGUGGAUGAUACGGGGUUGUUACAGAGUGGCCAGGUCUUCAUCCAAUACUCGACGACCAAACUCCGCGACAAGAUCGUCCCCGGGGUUCGGAAGGAGAGCCGGCUGGUCACGCAGAUUUAUCAAGGCACCGUCCUUGUCUCCAAAAACCCGUGCCACGUCGCGGGAGAUGUUCGACUUUUCGAGGCGAUCGACCAGCCGGCGCUUCGCCACCUCUUCGACGUGAUCGUCUUUCCGCAGCAUGGCCCACGGCCACACCCCGAUGAGAUGGCUGGCUCUGAUCUCGACGGUGAUGAAUACAGCGUCAUCUUCGACGAGCGCUGCUUCUUCGACCACAACGAGGCGGCAAUGUCUUUCCCGGCGGCAGAGGAAGGGAAAAUCGCUGAGAAGCUGCCCACGCACAAAGACAUGGUCCAAUUUUUCAUGCGCUACCUGUCCCAGGAUUCGAUCGGUCGACUGUCAAAUGCGCAUCUCCGCGCCUCGGAUUAUUAUGGGCUAUUUAGCGCCGCUUCGACCUCCAUCGCGAAAAAGUGCUCGGUGGCUGUGGAUUUCCCGAAGACGGGCAAACCGGCGGACAACUUGUCUCCAGAUGAAAAUGUGGACAGCUCGCCCGAUUAUAUGGAGCACAGGAGCAAGGCGCAAUUUAUGAGCCGCUGGCUGAACGGGCAGCUUUACCGUAAAAUCAAGCGCAUCGACAACAUCAUCGAGGAGGUCGACACGUCAUCAUCGCCAUUUGAUGCAGCGCUGGAACCACAUUUAUUUCCAGAGGGCUGGAAUCCCUUUGAAGCCCGCCCGGAAAAACAAGCCGAAAUUGUGCGGCUGUUCAAGGAAUAUUCAUUGCGGAUGCAGUCGCUCCUCGACGAAUACACAAUCACCGAUGAAGCCCAAGUUGUUUCCGGCCAUAUUGUCUCCCUGAAGCGCCUCACAUCGAUGGAAAAAGACGACUACUCCUUCUUCCACACCGACAAAAUUGUCGAAGUGCGCUAUGCGGCCAUUUUCACGCAUUUCCGGAAGCAGUUUUUUAAUGAAUUUGGGGAUGAAGAGCGAUUGAUUGAGGAUGGGUUCACGGAGGAGAUGGAAUUGAGAGCUCGACAAUGGUAUGCUGUAGCCUACGACAAGCAUUCCUCACGCACUUUCCUGUCGUUUCCGUGGGUCGUUUGGGAUGUGUUGGCCAGCGCGAAGCGCCGACUGUUGCUGUCUGACAAUGACCCGAAUGUCCUCGUGCGCACUCGAUCAAAGGUGGCUUCUCGACUCUCCGACAUUGCAGGCCAAAUGCGACGAAUUGACGCGGCUUUCCACGAGCUUAUUCGAGAUUUUGAAGUGGUGGAGCGGUACGCUGCGGCUUUUGGUGACGGUAUCCUGGAUAUGCUCUACGUUCUCUAUCGCUGGCUCGACAAUAAAACACCAACAAGCCUAUGGGAGGUGAAAGACAACAACUUUGUCUCGCGCACCACCCGCUAUCUGGCCCACCUCCUCUUCCAGUAUUGCCAUGUCCGCCCCCAGGGUACGGAUCACUACAAUGACGACUACAAACCGCCAGUCACUUUUCCCAAUACGCCGAAAUAUGGCGUCCCCGUCGAAAGUCCGCUCGGCACGGUGAGCAACCCGGGCGAGGUGGUGCUCAGUUUCCUGCGGUAUCUCGGCUCGAAGUCGUUUUGUGAUAACUCCUCCUACCUCGACCUCGACCUCCAGGACGGAGCCCCAGAUGCGCUCAUUUUAUGCGACGAGGAUAUCUGGCGAAAGAUUAGCCAGGUAGCCUACAAGACGACGCACUACGUGGCCGUGACCGGGCGCUUCGAGUGGCUGGGCAUUGACAGUGGCUGUCCGACGUCGCGCCUUCUUGACGUCAAGAAUACGGUGGCCGAGACGCGAGACCCGAUUGUCGUCCAUCCGGAUUUGAUGAGGGACCUCACCGGCGCCACUGUCUCUGAAGCGCUUCGUGAAUGGUCGGGAUGUCUUGAAGUCCGCUUCCGAGAGCGUCAAAAUCGAAGCCUCGUCUCCGGCGUCGGUGAUAUUCGUUCCCGACAGCGUCUGGCCCGUAUCCUGUUGAUGCCGGCAAAUAUAUUAUCUCAGGCAAUUCGCGAGCAAAACCCGCCCUACAGCAUCAUCAACGAUCUGCUCGACGAA